AUGGUGAUGAUACGUUUGACUGCCGAGCAGUACCGAACUCUACCGAUUAUGGUAGAUGAGAAUACAUGCUUUGGGAAAAGCUAUGUCAUUACGGGUGGCAACGGCGGCCUGGCCCUCGAGACGGCGCGACACCUGGUUGCCGCAUCAGCCAAAUGCGUUGUGUUGGCCGUGAGGAACCUUAAUUCGGGAGAAGCUGCCGAAAGCAACAUUGAGAAGACAACUGGCCGCAAGGGAGUUGUGCAGUGGACUUCGACAGGAUUGACGGUUUCAUCUGCAACGCCGGGAUCAUGA